GUCAUUCUACUGAUCUACUCUGUCCAAAGGUCCACCGUGCCUGGAUUGAAAGGACGUUUCUGAAGAGAGAGUGCGUCCAGAUCAUUACAGGCAAAGACACCAGCAGAUGCAGUUGUGGCCAGCUGGUGGCGCAGCACUCCUCUGUCCCUGCUGCAGCUGAACCCGAUGGAGGAGCUCCACUGGUGCAGCUGGACGUCCCGACUGUAGAGAAGUGGAGUCCUCCCAAACACACCCACACGUCUCCCACCGAUGCCUACGGAGUCAUUGAGUUCCAGGGUGGAGGACACAACAACAAGGCUAUGUACAUCCGAGUGUCCUACGACUCCAGGCCUGAGUCCCUGCUGCAGCUGAUGUUGAAGGAGUGGCAGCUGGAGUUGCCCACGUUACUCAUCUCUGUGCACGGUGGUCUCCAGAACUUUGACCUCCCCCCUAAACUGAAGCAGGUGUUUGGGAAAGGACUGAUCAAAGCUGCAGUCACCACCGGGGCUUGGAUCUACACCGGGGGAGUCAGCACAGGAGUGAUCCGCCAUGUUGGAGACGCUCUGAAGGAUCAUUCGUCCAAGUCCAGGGGGAAAGUCUGUGCCAUCGGCAUCGCACCGUGGGGAAUUAUCGAGAACAAAGAGGACCUGAUUGGACGAGAUGUGACCAGACCCUACCAGACCAUGUCCAAUCCACUCAGUAAGCUGGCGGUGCUGAACAGUAGCCACUCCCACUUUAUCCUCUCUGACAACGGGACCAGCGGGAAGUACGGCGCCGAGGUCCGCCUUCGCCGACAGCUGGAGAAGCACAUCGCUCUGCAAAAGAUCAACACACGUCUGGGCCAAGGUGUCCCAUUGGUGUGUUUGAUCCUGGAAGGUGGUCCCAACGUGAUUGCCAUAGUUCUGGAGAGUUUGAAAGAAGACCCCCCUGUCCCUGUUGUCGUCUGUGACGGCAGCGGCCGAGCAUCAGACAUCAUUUCCUUCGCUCACAGAUACUGCGAGGAGGACGGGUUGGUGAGUGACAGCGUCAAAGAUCAGCUUCUCGUCACCAUCCAGAAAACGUUUAACUACAACCGCGGCCAGGCGCAGCAGAUCUUCCUCAUGGUGAUGGAGUGCAUGAAGAAGAAAGCUCUGAUCACAGUGUUCAGGAUGGGUUCUGAAGGACAACAGGACAUUGAGAUGUCAAUUCUCACUGCUCUACUAAAAGGGACAAAUGCCUCGGCCACAGACCAACUCAACUUGGCUCUGGCCUGGAACAGAGUGGACAUCGCCCACAAUCAGAUCUUCAUCCAUGGACAUCACUGGCCUCCUGUCUCUGCUCUGGCUACUGACCGUCCCAAAAGUCCAUCAGCCCAGCGAGCUGCUGCAGCAGGAGGAGCAGGAGGAGGAGGAGCUAAAGGAAAAGCAAAAGGGAAGAAAGGAAAAGGAGGAAAAACGAAACCAGAACCACCUGAAGAGACAGAUCCAAGGAAACUGGAGCUGUUGAGCUGGGUGAAUUCACUGGAACAGUCCAUGAUGGACGCGUUGGUCCUGGACAGAGUGGACUUUGUGAAGCUGCUGAUUGAAAACGGCGUGAACAUCCAUCACUUACUGACGAUUCCUCGUUUGGAGGAGCUUUAUAACACGAAACUGGGUCCAGCCAACACUCUCCAGUUUGUGGUCAGGGAUGUGAAGAAGGGGAACCUCCCCCCAGAUUACCAGAUCACACUGAUCGACAUUGGCCUGGUACUGGAGUUUCUGAUGGGCGGGGCUUAUCGCUGCAACUACACAAGGAAGAGCUUCAGGACUCUGUACAACAACCUGUACGGCCUCAAGAGACCUAAAGCCCUGAAACUUCUUGGGAUGGAGGAUGAUGAGCCUCGCUCCAAGGGAAAAGGAAAGAAAACCAAAAAGAAAGAGGAGGAGAUAGACAUCGACGUAGACGACCCAGAGAUCUGCCGGUUCCAGUACCCUUUCCACGAGCUGAUGGUGUGGGCGGUGCUUAUGAAGCGUCAAAAGAUGGCGCUGUUUCUGUGGCAGCGUGGAGAAGAGGCCAUGGCCAAAGCUCUUGUGGCCUGUAAACUGUACAAGGCCAUGGCCCACGAGUCUUCUCAGAGUGAGCUGGUGGACGACAUCUACCAGGAUCUGGAGAACAACUCCAGAGAAUUUGGUCAGCUGGCCUACGAGCUCCUGGACCAGUCGUACAAACACGACGAGCAGGUGGCCAUGAAGCUGCUGACCUACGAGCUGAAGAACUGGAGCAACUCCACCUGUCUGAAACUGGCUGUAGCUGCCAAACACAGAGACUUCAUCGCCCACACCUGCAGUCAGAUGCUGUUGACGGACAUGUGGAUGGGCUGUCUGAGGAUGGGCAAAAGCAACAGCCUGGAGGUGAUUCUCGGGAUCAUUUUCCCUCCGGCCAUCUUCUUCAUGGAGUUCCGUCUCGGCGAGGAGUCGUUGUAUAAUUCAUCCAAAGAAAACAGCAACAAAGACGAUGACAACAAAUCCAGCAAGGACGCCGUCUCAAACGUUGACACUACAUCCAAGAAAGGAGAUGAAGAAGAAAACCACAGAAGACUGCGCAGAAGAAUUCCCAUCAGGACCAAGAUCUAUGAGUUCUACACCGCCCCCUUCACCAAGUUCUGGUUCAACACGAUCUCGUACCUGGUGUACCUGAUGUUGUACAACUACAUCAUCCUGGUGAAGAUGGAGCGAUGGCCGUCUCUGCAGGAGUGGAUCGUCAUCUCUUACAUCAUCACUCUGGGACUGGAGAAAGUUCGUCAGAUCCUGAUGUCGGAGCCAGGGAAGCUGAAGCAGAAGAUCAACGUGUGGCUGGAGGACUACUGGAACAUCACCGACCUGGUGGCCAUCUCCGUCUUCCUGCUGGGUCUUCUGCUGCGGCUUCAGAACGAGCCCUACAUGGGCUACGGCCGUGUCAUCUACUGUGUGGACAUCAUCUUCUGGUACAUCCGGGUCUUAGACAUCUUUGGAGUCAACAAGUACCUCGGGCCGUAUGUCAUGAUGAUUGGCAAGAUGAUGAUUGACAUGCUGUACUUCGUGGUCAUCAUGCUGGUGGUGCUCAUGAGCUUCGGCGUGGCACGGCAGGCCAUUCUCCACCCCGAUGAGGAGCCAACAUGGCGGCUGGCCAGGAACAUCUUCUACAUGCCCUACUGGAUGAUCUACGGAGAGGUGUUUGCCGACUCCAUAGACCUGUACGCCAUGGAAAUCAACCCUCCCUGUGGAGAUAACUUGUACGAUGAAGACGGGAAGAAACUUCCUCCUUGUAUCCCAGGAGCCUGGCUGACGCCUGCUAUUAUGGCCUGUUACCUGCUGGUGGCAAACAUCCUGCUGGUCAACCUGCUUAUUGCAGUUUUCAAUAACACCUUCUUUGAGGUGAAGUCCAUCUCUAACCAGGUGUGGAAGUUCCAGCGUUACCAGCUGAUCAUGACUUUCCACGACCGCCCCAUCCUGCCUCCCCCCCUCAUCAUCUUCCCACACGUCUACAUCAUCCUUAAGAUGCUCUGCUGCCGAUGGAGGCAGCGGCCGGAGGGUGACCAGGACGAGCACCAAAGACGGCUGCAGCUGGUCCUGAGUGCCGAGGAGCUGAAGAAUCUCCAUGAGUUUGAGGAACAGUGUGUGGAAGAAUAUUUCAGAGAGAAAGAUGACGAGAAGCAGUCGUCAAACAACGAACGAAUCAGAGUCACGUCGGAGAGGGUUGAGAAUAUGUCCAUGCGUCUGGAAGAAGUGAACGAACGCGAGCACUCGAUGAAGGCGUCUCUACAGACCGUUGACCUGCGUCUCUCUCAGUUAGAGGAGUUUUCUGGUCGUAUGAUGAACGCUCUGGAGAAACUCGCAGGCAUCGACCGCGCUGAGCUCAUCUGCUCACGCUCCCGAGGGUCUUCUAUCUGUGAGCCCACGCCCCUGCUGCGUCACAGCAGCAUUAACAGCGCAGACGGCUACAGUUUGUAUCGAUACCACGUAGAUCAAGGUGAUCGGGACACUGAGAUCCUGGACCGAAGGGUACAGCCCAGUCCAAAAAGACAGGAAGUGGAUGCAGCAGGUGAUGUGAAGGAGUUCCCGUCCACACUGGAGGUGGAGGGACCCAGGGGGCGGGCCCAGUCCUUGUCCCAUGUCAACAUUCUGAUCUCCUCAUGUGACUCUGACCUCAAACCCACCCACUGCCGCCCUGCGUCACUCCUGCUGGACCUCACAGACUCUGACGUUGAGAAGAACCCUCCUGAGAAGACAAGUCUGGACGCAGCAGCGUCCUUUCCUCUGGUGACGCCAAAGAUUACACGAUGUCCGUCAUCCUUAAGUCUCAGCAGCAGUCCAUCCUCGAACAGGAAGUCAGCCGGCUGUUUCCUCCCAGACCUCACUCCUCAAGAUCAGAAUGGAAGAACCAGCAUGAUGAAGACGACAGGACGAGAAGGAGCAACUGAAACCACACAGGUCGGAGGAGAAGCCAGGUCCAGUGAGGGACACCAGGAGUCGGAGACAGUCCAGGAGAGGACAGAACCACAGGAGUCGGAGGACGAGGAGCACAGGAUGUACCCGACUCUGCGCUCCAAGAGUCUAAACACCAACCCGAGGAAGACGAGGAUGAAGGAGGACACGGUGGUAUCGCGGUCUUCCAGCAGUGUCAGAGACCUGGUGUCUGUGUUCAGCACUGAGGACAGACAGCCCCCCCACAGUCCACAGCCGGGGACAGAGACCAGCAGAGACCAGCAGUCAUGAAGGACUGGAGUGGAGACAGAUCUGGAGUUUUAUGAAGUUCUACUUCAUUUAUGUUUUAAACUUGUUGGUGAAAAUUUAAGAUCAGAAUAAAUGACAUUGUUCGGUUUGGUCACAGGUCGGAACUCCUUAUCCAUGACACCGUAGAUAAAUCUGUCCAAAUUACAAUAUUACAAUAUUUAAUCUGAUUAAUCAUACGUUAGCUGUGGAUUUAUCCUGGUUAACCAGGGUUAGGGUCAUCAUUGAUGGUAAAAUAAAUGUGUGUGUGUGUGUGUGUAUGUACUGUCUUUACUGUCUUCUAAGGUAAUAUAACUUACGACAAAGAAAUCUGACCUUCAAGUGUCCACCUACGUUUUACAAUAAUCUUAUUUUCGUCCACUGUGCAUAAACCUUUCUCGGAUGAACUAUCUUGCCUCGCGGUGAUUGAAGUGUUCAAAGGGUUGACUAUGGCGCCCUCAGAUGGUCAAAUAAGGAAUAACAUUUUACAGAUUCAUACGAUUUUUAAGCUUUUAUUCGUCACCACGGAAUAAAAGACCAAAUAAAUGGUACAAAAAAUCAUACAGUUGUAAUAAAUGAACUAAUUAAUCACUUUUAGCUAAAGUUAAGUUGCAAAUUUAGUUAAUUAAAUUUAUAUUGUUGCAAUAUUUUAAAAUACCUACAAAACUGUAAAAGAAA